CCGGGGCCUGGAGGGAUGGGCUCGGCCCUCCUCCCCCUUCUGCAAAGGGUGCUGCCCGCGGCCCUGUUCCGGGUCUGUCGCCAGGAGCCGCUGGCUUCCCAGAUCCCCGCGGAGGCAAACGUGGAGCAUGCAUGCGGGAAGGGGCCAGGUACGGACAUCGCUGCAGGAGAAGAAGUCGCCAUCAAGCUCGAAUGUGUCAAAACCAAACACCCUCAGCUCCACAUCGAGAGCAAGAUCUACAAGAUGAUGCAGGGAGGAGUGGGCAUCCCCACCAUCCGGUGGUGCGGGGCCGAGGGAGACUACAACGUCAUGGUGAUGGAGCUCUUGGGACCAAGCCUGGAAGAUCUCUUCAACUUCUGCUCGAGAAAAUUCAGCCUCAAAACCGUCCUGCUGCUGGCCGACCAGAUGAUUAGUCGGAUCGAGUACAUUCACUCCAAGAACUUCAUCCACCGUGAUGUGAAGCCAGACAACUUUCUCAUGGGGCUGGGGAAGAAGGGCAACCUGGUCUACAUCAUCGACUUCGGCCUGGCCAAGAAGUACCGGGACGCCCGCACCCACCAGCACAUCCCUUACCGCGAGAACAAGAACCUCACCGGCACCGCGCGGUACGCCUCCAUCAACACGCAUCUCGGAAUCGAACAAUCUCGAAGGGACGACCUGGAGUCUCUGGGCUAUGUGCUCAUGUACUUCAACCUGGGCUCUCUGCCCUGGCAGGGGCUGAAGGCCGCCACCAAGAGACAGAAGUACGAGCGGAUCAGUGAGAAGAAGAUGUCCACCCCCAUCGAGGUGCUGUGCAAAGGCUACCCAUCUGAGUUUGCCACGUACCUGAAUUUCUGCCGUUCGUUGCGUUUCGAUGACAAGCCGGACUACUCGUACCUGAGGCAGCUGUUCAGGAACCUGUUCCACCGCCAGGGCUUCUCCUACGACUACGUGUUCGACUGGAACAUGCUCAAGUUCGGCGCCAGCCGGGCCGCUGACGAUGCCGAGCGGGAACGCCGGGACCGCGAGGAGCGGUUGAGACACUCCCGAAAUCCAGCCACCCGCGGCCUCCCUUCCACGGCCUCGGGCCGGCUGAGGGGGACACAGGAAGUGGCUCCUCCCACGCCCCUCACCCCUACCUCACACACUGCUAACACGUCUCCUCGGCCCGUGUCCGGCGUGGAGAGAGAGCGGAAAGUGAGCAUGCGGCUGCACCGCGGCGCCCCCGUCAACAUCUCCUCGUCCGACCUCACGGGCCGGCAAGAUACCUCCCGCAUGUCCACCUCACAGAAUAGCAUUCCUUUCGAGCACCACGGCAAGUAGCUGCACGUCUCCCCGCUGGAAGGCAGCCCCGAUUCCCGGUCGGGUGGCUUCCAGUGGUCUUCAGUCUGUCGUGCACCGGUGAGAACUCUCCUUUUUGCUGUGAAGGGCAGACAGUGAAUGCAUGGCUGAUCUACUCUGUUACAUGGCUUUACUAGUGACGCCCCCCGGUCUAGACCACCGGGAGCUCCAGGCCACCCGCCCAGCAACGCCCAUGGGGAAACUAAAACUAAACCGGACAGACUCCAAGCGCUGCCGCCGCCAGGGGCUCCAUGAGGCCCCCCACGUGAACUCGUUGUCGCGGGGCUGGGAAGAAGAGCAGAGUGAGGAUGGCGCAGCCCCCGCCCGGCCGCGAGCCUCGCAGCUCUCCCUCCCGCGGUGGCGCCUGCUCCCGACGAGUCUGCUGUGACCACCCGUCUUCUACUUGGUUCAGACAGUUUUGUAUCAUUUUGCUAAAAAUUAUUGGCUUAAAUCUGUGUAAAGAAAUCUUAUUGUUUCUUGUCUGUUUUUGCGGCCCUCACAAAGAUGGUGACUUUAAAGAGCCCUGACGGACGCUGGCGUGGGAUUUCUGUGUAGGACGGAGCGAGGCAGGGUGCGGGCACAGGGGACUUCGUGGCGUUUCCUGUGCGGUUCAGUCGUGUGCUCGCUGUGGAGAGGGGCUUUUCUCAGUGUACACGUGUGUGUAAGUAACAUGUGCGUCUGCGUGUGCUGUGUGUUUCGUGACCUCGUUCCCCUGGUGUUGGCUGUCACCCCUCCCCCACCGUCAGCGAGAUGCCUGCGCAGUGGCCAGAGCAGGGCACCGGCCGCGGGCCAGGACGCAACUGCUUGCAGCAGAGCCGAGCGCCCUCCGACCUUCCCGGACGCGGCCGAGUGGAAGCGGGUGCUGGAGACGCAGAAGCUGAGGCUUUGCCGGGCGUCGCUGGGCCCCUCCUCGGGGUCGUGUGAGGCCCUCGUGGAGGUGGUGACCCAAUGCCUUUGAAUUGGGGAAGUUUUCUAAACGCUGUACAUACUUGCAGUGCAGGUCGGCUCUUAAUGUGUGUUCCGAGCUGUGUGCUCAAAGCCAAGGACAUGGUCGUCUGCCAGGUCUGCCCGGAAAGGCGGCGGGCCCCGGGAUCCACUCUGAAGUGCCGAGAAGCAGGGACAGCACGACUCGCAUUGAGAUGGAGCGAACCCCACAGAGGUCACGGAGCGGGAUGGGGCCGAUGGCUCUCCAGAAAGACCCUUGGGUGGCUGGGCCACUGUCCCUGCUCAUUUUGCAGCAGCAGAGGCGCCAGGUAGUGGUGGCAGCAGCCAGGAGACAGGAGCCCCCCCGUCUUGGGGAAACGAGGUGCAAUAUGUAUACUUAUAGGUACUUUCACGUUUCUCCUCGUCACCCGACUGCAGUGUUGUUUGGAGUCCGGGGUGCUCAUAGGAAGCUAGGGGCCUGAAAGGUGUCUGGGUCUGUCCCUUCCUGCCCUCCAGUCCCCCAGCACGAGUGCUGGGCCUGGGAGGCCUGGACUGGGGUGCCUUGACGGCGCAGGACAUGACUGUUGGCUGCUUCCGGAAUCCCGAGCCAGCUACUUUAAGCAUUUGGGGGUGCAGGGACUUGGCCAGGUAGGAGUGCAGAGGGAGCUUGGGUAGGUCAGGGCAAGUUGGGGGCUCCCUUUGGGGCCCCGCGCCUUCCUCCGACGGGCUUCCCCCUCGGGAGGCGUGACGCCUGCAGCCCCGAGUGCAGUGCUGGCACCCCCGCUGGAGCCAGGCCCUGCCCGACGUCGCCGGUUGUCUUGUGCAGUGGGUUCCGGUCUAGUGCCCGGUGCGUGGUCGUGGGCAGUGUCGAUCCCCAUCGCGACCUGCAGGGGCCGUCGUCGGAGUGUCUGUGUGACCUGUGAUUGGUGGCCGGGCUCUGACCCGCGCUUGUGUAACCACUGUAUUUGUGUGCCUACACCGUGUCAGUAAUAAAUUCAUGACGGCGUCUACCUUC